AUGGGCCAAAAGCAAGUCACGGCAAAGAUUGAAGCGUUGGCGAAGUCGACGUUUCCAUCUCUCACGGAUGCGCAGUGGAAGGACGGCAUGACCGGACAUGGGGGUACCGAACGAGACUCGGACACCCGCACGGAAUGGAAGCAUGCAUGCACUCGAGGCAUCUCUGGCACGCCGCAGUAUCUUCUCAACGACGUGCUCAUCAACGCGGAGCCCACUUGGACGUUCGACGACUGGAUGGCUUUCUUGGAGCCCUUGUUGCAUCCCCAAAACGAAGCCGCAGCGUAG